AAGUUGUACCUGACAAGUGAAGUUCAGGGCAAUCUAUUCUCCAUUUCCUUCAUAGUUACGUGCCCGACUGCGUUCACUGUCGCACGACUCUUGAAAUACAUUGACGUCCGUCUCGCGCCAUCUUUAGAAAACAGUGAACCCAACACUGAAUGAAAGUUAAUUUUCGUCGUUUGUGAGAGCAGCUCGCCGUAUGGAGUGAUACCGUUCUGUUUCCAGGUGUUUGAUCAGUAGACGUGAUCAUGGGGAUCAAAGUUCAGCGCACUCGGUGCUUUCUUGACAUUGGCAUCAGUAACGUGCUCGUCGGCAGAGUUGUGGUUGAAUUGUUUUCAGAUGUCUGUCCCAAAACAUGUGAAAACUUCAGAUGCCUUUGCACAGGUGAAAAAGGCGUUGGCAAAGGAACUAUGAAGCCCCUGCACUACAAAGGAUGUCUGUUCCAUCGAGUUGUAAAAGACUUCAUGAUUCAAGGAGGAGACUUCAGCGAAGGUAAUGGAAAAGGAGGAGAAUCCAUCUAUGGAGGCUUUUUUGAAGAUGAAAGCUUCGCUGUUAAACACAACAAGGACUACCUGCUGUCUAUGGCCAAUAGGGGCAAAGAUACCAAUGGAUCACAGUUUUUCAUAACAACAAAACCUUCACCACAUCUGGAUGGUGUCCAUGUGGUUUUUGGUCAUGUGAUUUCUGGCCAAGAGGUUGUUCAAACCAUGGAGAACCAGAAAACGGAUCCCAAUAGCAGACCGUAUGCUGACGUGAAAGUCUUGAACUGUGGAGAGCUCAUCCCUAAAUCUAAAGCAAAGAAAGAUGAAAAAAAGAAAGAGCGAGCCUCUUCCAGUUCCAGCAGUAGCUCCAGCGACUCCGAGAGCUCCUCACAGUCCUCCUCUGAUUCUGAGGAAUCGAAGAAGAGGAAAAAGAAGGCGAAAAAGCUAAAGAAGAAACAGAAGAAGAAGAAGAAGGAAAAGAAAAGGUCAGAGGCUGAAAGUGCUGAAGAGAAGGAACAAGAAGAGUUGGUUACAUCUACUGUGCGUCCUGAAGACAUUCCACCCAUCCCAGAGAAUCGCUUCCUCAUGAGGAGGAGUCCCCAGGCGGUCCAGAAGUCAAAGGAGGAGGCUGAAAAGGCUCAGCCGAGUAAAGAGGAGAGGCCUAGAGAGCGUGCUGGCACAACAUAUAAUUCUCAGUCAUCGUAUCACAGAAGACUGGUGAUGACACGAUCCGGGAGGAAGAUAAAAGGCAGGGGUCCAAGGCGCUAUCGGACUCCGUCUCGUUCAAGGUCCAGAGAUGGUUUUCGGCGCAGUGAAACCCCCCCACACUGGCGUCAGGAGCUGCAGCGUCAGAGGAUGAGGGCCGUCACCGGAGAGCGCUGGAUUAAGGGUGACAAAGGGGACAUGAGUGAGGCCAAGGACGAGGCCGCUAAAGCUCCAAGAAGAGAGAAGCGAACCUCGGACACAAAGCACGAACGCACAGCUGAGGGUAAAAAAGACAAGAAAACUCGGUCGCGUAGAUCCAAAAGCAAAGAGGACGACACUGUUGAGAAGGAUGAGAAGCAGAGCAAACACAAGGCUAAGAAAAGAGAUAAAUCUCAAAGCCGCAGCAAGAGCAGAGAAAAGAGUAGGAGGUCAAAAAGCAGGGAGAAGGGUCACAAGCACAAAAGUGAUGAGAGAAAAGGUCGCUCAAAGAGCAAAGACAAAAAUGAUAACAAGAAAGAAAAGGAGUCAGAGUCUGAUCACAGUAAAGAUAGAAAUAAGGGUCAUGAGUCUGACAAAAAGCAGAAAGAGGACACCAAAGGAAGAAAUGGUGAGAGAACGAGGACAAAGUCACAAAGCAAGGAAAAACCAACUGUAAAAGAUGGCCACAGAUCAAGUAGCAGGAACAGGGAUAGGAGCGGAGCGGCAGGGUCCAAAGACAAAGAAGAAAAACGGGGAAAAGAGCGAGAGAGGGGCAGAGAACGCAGCAGGAGUCAGGAAAGACGACGCAACGAUGAAAGGGAGAAUAAGAAGCGAGGAACGUCCAGGGAUAAGGAACGUAGAACAAGAAGCCCAGACAGAAAUAAGUCGAGAGACUCCCACAGAGGCAGGCGCUCCAGAAGCAAGAGUAGUAAGAGAGAGCGCAGCAAAGAUCGGUCCUCUCGUAGGAGGGACAGGGAGUCUGACAACCAGAGGAGACGACGAAGCAGCAGCUCCGACAGCGACAGAGACGACAAAAGGAAGGGUCAGAAGAGUCCAGAUUCCAAGCGCAGAGAAGCAAACCGUACCUCCAGAUCCAAAGACAGAAGAAGCCCGGCCAAACCCAGACCAGAUAGUACAAAGGGCAGAGACCGGAACAGCAGCAAGAGGAAUAAAAGCAGCUCCAGCUCGAGCUCCGACAGCGACUGAGCCUGUGGCGACGUCCUAAUAGAAUAGAUUUUACCCCAACUACAUAUCUAGUAUGCAGCAUCAGCUUUCCAUCUAGAGUGGGACUUAUUCACAUUCCUCAUUCAGUGCAUAAAAUCCCACUAAUAUGAUUGUUUAAAAGUCAUUUUUUAAAGACAGUUAAGAACUAUGUGAAUACCACUCAAACACACAAUGGCAGACUGUAGCAUCUUGCGAGCUGUGGACAGUGAAUGGAUUGUGGAUUUGUCCCCCAUUGAAUCCAUCACACUGUUGAGGUGUAGCUGAAGCUACACAGCCAGUCUGAGGAAGGAUUUGUUUCAAUGUUAUUUAAUGCAGACUCUCUAAGUUGGGCAAAUGUCUAAUUGUCAAGUUAUUUUUUACAUCAAUCAAUCUGGACGAGAACACUUUUAAUUUCUUGCAUGCUUACCCCCCUCAUUGUUUGAUGGAAUAUGUACAUCCACUCCUUUCUUUUUGGACGUCCAUGACCUUGUACUGUAAUCCUAUUUGUUAACUGGUUUUAAAAUACCUCUUGUUUGUUUUGUAUGGAAAAAAAUGUAGAACUCUACUGCCGUGUAGGAUGAAUUAAAAGGUUCAACUUUGAUUUUAA